AUGGCGCAACCAGAAGCAAAGUUUGCUAUGCUCGAUGUUGGGAGGAUCGAGUACUGGGCACGACGACGCGCUGAGAAAGGCGUGCCCCACUUUUCAUCAGCUUUGGGGUUCUCCGAAUUUUCCCCAAAUCUCCUCCAACACCCUCAACCCUCACCCGGCUCCAUGAAGUCGUUGCAGGUUCUAAGCUCUAUACACGCUCAACGUGCGCUCGCCAAUUUGGCCGACUCGAGCAUCUUCAGAGGCAUGCGAGAAUACGUUAGUGUUGGACGUAAAUACAAUCAGAUGAUCCGUUUCUUACUCGAGGCAGAUACCAAAGAAAAGCCGUAUAAUUGCCCCUGUGGGAAGACCUUCACUCGACAGGAUCUCUUGAAGCGGCAUACAGGACUAGCUCAUUCACCCACGAGUACUUCCAGCACACCAUCAACAUCUCAAAACAGUGCCUCAAUUGCAAAUACAAGCAUAGAGACUGAGCGAUCUCCUGUUGAGCCUACAUUACGUUCUGGAGGCGAGAAAGACCACGAUCAUCCGGCCGCGGCCUUGUCUACGCCGUAUGGACCUGAAUUUGAAUCCGCUAAUAGUGAGGUCUCUACAAGCGCCGAAAGCUUCGCCGAUCUUCCUAUGUUUCAUGAUUUUGGAUUGUUUGCGGACACCAUGGGCUUUAUGGGCAUGGAUCUUAUGGAGCCGAUGGAUAGAGGUAACUUCCUACAUUAUGGCGUAAACAUGUCAUUUGCAAACGCAAGAGCCACACUCAACGAACCUCGGUCAUCCGCUCCACACGUCGACCGCUUUUUCAGUGACUUUCAAGGUCACCUCCCCAUCGUGCAUAGGGGCACGCUUGACACCGACGCUGCAAGUUAUCAAUCCCCUGAGUUGAUCCACGCAAUAGCUACAAUUGGCGCGACUUACCGUUUCUGCGCUACAGAUGCUUUGUUCUUGUUCCAGGCUUCACUUGACGAAGUUGUCAAACAUUCGAGUGCCAGUGUUCCACUAGAUCGACAGCGUUUGUCCAUCCUGCAAAGUCUUGUAUUGCUGGAGUACUUCGCAAAUUUCCAGAAGCAGAACGUUCUCGUGAAAGAGCGAAUGUUGUUGCACAACGAGUUGUUGAAGUAUCCUGGCGGUUCAUUCCACUUUACCGAGCUCGACGAUUGCGUGGGACGCGCUUUCGGCAGAUCACUGGGCUGCAAUAAUUCCGCACGAAGCGAUCGCGCCCAGCUUUCAGCAGCGGAUUUAUCAUGCUCGCCACCUAGCUUUUGGCGGAAUGUUGCGUCCUGCAGACCUCGCAGAGAUGAGCGAGCACUAGCAUCGUGGAAGCGCUGCUGGAAGCGAGCGUCAGAGAGUAUGAUGGACCCCAGAAGUUUCGACGCUUCAAUUUCGUGGCAAUCGAUAUCGUAUUUGAUGAUGGCCUAUCUGCGACUGGGCCAACAUCCUCUACCACCUUUCCAUGAGACUACUGCACAUAUGGACCGUGAAAGCAUACUAGCUGCACCAAUGUCUGAGAUUUCAAAUGAGAACCGUUCCGGUUGGAACUACAACGCGCUGUUGCAUUCCGCUCAUUCCUUGAUGAUCAUUGUCAGAACCGGCAUUGAGCAUCACCGAAGAACUCUGUCCUAUCAUUGGGAUCCACAACAUGUUUUGCCGUGGGUAGAAGGCGCCAUAUCGCUGAUUCGAUGGCUCAUGUCGGCAGCCAAAACACUGACGAUUUCACCACUCACAGAUAUCGAACUGGCGAUUGUCACCUGGGUCCGGCAUAUCAUGAAAGAAUCACUCCCAUCUCUGGAUCCCGAAGGCAUUGAGAAGUUCUCAGAUACUGUCAGCGACUUCUCCAUGAAUGAUCAGGCAUUGUCACGGUUUAGACUACGGGAGGAGAAGCCGACUAUAUACUGGCCCUGGAAGUCGCUAUUCCAGAACAGUAUAUACCAGGGUAAUAGGUCUCAACCGAGACCACAACAUAUUUAA